UUAGCUAAGAAACAUCAUCAUCACUCGAAGAAGGCCAGGGUUCAUUAGUCACUGAAUGGCUUGAGCCAAGAAGGAUCUCGAGUGGAAACGGCUAACGGUGUUACAUUUGCACUGAAUUAUCUGUUCUCUUUCUAACAGUCUGGUGAGAGUAAAGGACACUUUUCGAAUGAGAAAUGGGUCGAUACAGCGGGAAGAGUUGUCGUCUGGGUUUCAUGCUGACCAUGACCAGCAUGUUCUUCUUGGCCGAGAUCGUGGGCGGUUAUGUCGGGAACUCCAUAGCGCUGGUGUCGGACUCGUUUAACAUGCUGUCCGACAUCAUCUCGCUGUCGGUGGGUCUCGUGGCGGCGCGCGUUCGUCGCCGCUCCUCCUCUCCGCGCUGCACCUACGGGUUGGUGCGCGUCGAGGUGCUGGGUGCGCUGGCGAACGCCGUGUUCCUGGCCGCCGUGCGCUUCUCCGUGUCGGCCCAAGCGCUCGAGCGGCUCGCACAGCCCGAGGCCAUCGACAAACCAGAGCUAGUGCUUGUCGUCGGCAGCAUCGGACUCUGCAUCAACGUGGUGGGACUGCUUGUCUUUCAAGACUGGAGAUGUCUGCGCAGGAAAAGCGCGCGCACGACGCAGCGCGACGGCGAACCCAAAAGCGAAACGGACACAGAAGCAGGCUUCCAACGGACAGAUUUGGAUGAAGUGGAUGAAUUUGAGGAUGAAGGCCACCACCUUAACAUUAGAGGAGUGCUACUCCACAUGCUAAACGAUGCUCUAGGAUCAGUGGUGGUAGUGGUGACAUCAGCUCUGUUCUAUGUCUGGCCCAAGGCCCCGGAUGUUCCAUGUAACUGGCAGUGCUAUGUGGAUCCAAGCAUGACGCUGGUCAUGGUGGCCAUCAUCAUGCCCUCUGCCAUUCCCCUGGCUCGAGAAACAGCAAGCAUCCUGCUGCAGAUCAUCCCUCACAACAUGCCCUUCAACAGAAUCUUGCAAGACGUGUGCAGCCUUCCCGGGGUCCUAAGUGUCCACGACGCCCACCUGUGGGAGCUGACGAAGGGUCGAUACGUGUCCUCGCUGCAUGUGCGAGUCUCCACCGAGCUCCACAGUUCUCUCAGUGGAAUCAAAAUGCUCCAUCAGCAGAUCAGGGACCUCCUCCAUCACGUCGGCAUCCACAGCGUGACCGUUCAGCUGGAAUUCGGCGACGGAAGCCUGGAGAGGAGCGCCUGUAGCACUCCGUGUUCAUCCCCCUCCUGCCUGAAAGUCUCCUGUUGCCCUCAUGAUGUUGCUGGACUCCCAUUGUGUAAAGCAAACCAGCUCCCUCACCCCAGAGAAUUCCCCGUAAACAUGUAUGAAACAAGCAGCGUACCUAAAAUACAAGCACUAAGCCCAUCAACACAUUCCUACACAGCCACAAAGUUUUAA